AUGUCCCUCCAUCUCCAUGUCCUCCUCCCCAUUCUUUUCACACUCACACUCACUCCCCUCACCCUAGCUACAAUCGACACCACCCCCAAUCCAAACAAAUGCUACGCCGAUAACUGCGCUCGCGCCGUUAGCGGAACCCGCUCCGGCGUAGAUCAUCUCAAGACUGCCUCUGCAGACUGCAGCAGCGCUCUCGUCAUAACCGAUUUCCCUUUCGCAGCUACAGCCACAUCAUGGAUGACCUGGGUCGAGGAGACAGACACUGUCACCGUCACGGCUUCUCCAACUCCGAUGGCAGGGAGUAAGAAGAGACAGAUUGAUUUUGUGCCAAUUCCGCCGUAUGCGUCGCCGUGUGUGGAUUAUUUUGCUUAUUCGAGUGCGUGCUCCUGUUUGGGCGUCACGGCGGUUGCGGUGACGGAUACUGCUGUGACCACGGAGACCAUAUACUGGUGGGAUUUUAUCACCACCACCACAACCGUGACCGUUCCAGCAUACACCACGACCACGAGUUCCAGCUCAAGCACAUCAUCAAGCACAAGCUCAAGCACCACUAAAACCGCACCACCAUCACCAACCUGUACCGCGAAUCUUUUCACCGACCCUAUGAAUUGCGGAUCUUGCGGUACAGUCUGCCCGUCAGGAGUCUGUGAAAAUGGCUCCUGCACUUCUACACAAUGCACCGCUCAAUCCUGCGGCGCCAUAACAACCUGCUCCUCAAACGCCUCCUGCUUCUGCUUCACAUCCUCCAGCACGACCAGCACCAAUACGGGCUUCUGCGGUACCAACGGCAUAUGCAGCGAUCUCACGCCCUGCGCGACAGACGGCGAUUGUAGCGUCGGAAAUAUCUGCGCGAUCAAGACGUGCUGUGCUGAGCCGUCGGAUGAGUUACCAGGUGUGUGUUUGCAGGGUGUUUGUGGGGUGCCGGGAAGUGUGUUGCUUGUUAGGGCGAGGGAGUGGGCGGCUAGGAGGGUGGGGAGGAGAGGAUUGACGGCUGCUUAUUAG